AUGUCUGGCAACGUUGGCGGAGGGGACUCCAAGCUGUUCGCUCGAGGCAAAGUCGCCGAGCUGCGCCUCGAGCUGAACAGCGGCGGAAAGAAGGAUAAGAACUAUGCGACCAAGAAGAUUGCGCUCAAGCGCAUUGUCGCCAACAUGACGAUGAGCAACAACGACAUGGUUGCGCUGUUUCCCGACAUCAUCGGAUGCAUGAACAUUUCGAGCUUGGAAAUCAAGAAGAUGUGCUUUCUGUACUUGGUCAACUAUGCACGCGUUCGACCAGAGAUUGCGGUUAAUGCGAUUCCCAUAUUGGAGCAUGAUAUCGAAGACCCCAACCCCCUGGUACGAGCACUCGCUCUGCGGACGAUAUCGUAUAUCCAUGUGCGCGAGUUUGUCGCUGCCACGGUUCCUCUAGUGAAGCUUAUGCUGAGAGACUCCGACCCAUACGUUCGAAAGACGGCCGCAUUCUGCGUUGCGAAGCUCUAUGAUCACGACAGACACAUGGUCGAGCAGUCAGACCUCAUCGAUCGACUCAACUCGCUCCUCAGAGACGACAACCCCACGGUUGUUGCCAGUGCGCUGGCAGGAUUGAUGGACAUUUGGGAGAGGAGUGACGCUAUCAAGCUGACUAUUGACUACACCAAUGCCUCGAAAAUGGUUGCCAUCCUGCCUGAUUGUUCCGAAUGGGGCCAGACAUAUAUUCUGGAGGCACUCAUGUCCUAUGUUCCUCAAGAGUCGGGCGAAGCCUCAUUGCUGGCUGAACGAAUCGCCCCACGACUCUCUCACUCGAACUCAUCAGUCGUCCUGACUUGCAUUCGAGUGAUUCUGUACCUGAUGAACUACAUCGCCGACCAGAAGCAGAUUUCGGCACUGUGCAAGAAACUCUCGCCACCCCUCGUUACGCUGUUGGCCAAGGGCUCCGAGGUGCAAUAUCUCGCACUACGAAACGCCCUUCUCAUUCUGCAAAGACGGCCCGAGGUGCUACGAAACGACAUCCGAGUCUUUUUUUGCAAAUACAACGAUCCCAUUUACGUAAAGGUCACCAAGCUGGAACUGAUCUUCAUGCUGGCCAAUGAGAAGAACAUUGACGAAGUUCUCACAGAGUUGAGAGAAUAUGCCACGGAAAUCGAUGUGCACUUUGUACGAAAAGCUGUGCGCGCCAUAGGUAAGCUCGCUAUCAAGAUUGAGCCAGCAGCUCGACGAUGUAUCGAUCUGCUCCUGGAACUGGUGGCUACCAAAGUCACAUAUAUCGUCCAGGAGGCUACAGUGGUGAUCCGAAACAUCUUCCGCAAAUAUCCAAACCAGUACGAGUCCAUCAUCGGUACGCUUUGCGAGCAUUUGGACUCCCUUGAUGAGCCAGAGGCCAAGGCUGCCAUGAUUUGGGUCAUUGGACAGUAUGCGGACCGUAUUGAAAACAGCGACGCGCUCCUGGAGGAUUUCCUGUACUCAUUCCAAGAGGAGCCUGUAGAGGUUCAGCUAGCACUUCUUACCGCAACAGUCAAGCUCUUCAUUCAGAGGCCAACCAAGGGCCAGGAGCUAGUACCAAAGGUCCUCAAGUGGGCCACAGAAGAAACAGAUAACCCUGACUUGCGUGAUCGAGCCUACAUGUACUGGCGACUGCUAUCGACCGACAUGAACGUGGCGAAGAGCAUUGUUAUGGGAGAGAAGCCGCCUAUUACUGCCGAGUCAGAACGGCUGGAGUCAUCAACGUUGGAAGAAAUGUGCCUCAAUGUCGGCACUCUGGCAACAGUCUACCUCAAGCCAGUGCAGUCCGUGUUCCGCUCUGCCAGGCCACGAAAGCUGAUUGAUUCCCCGGCACUGCAGAAGCAGCAUCUCGCCAACAACAUUGACAACCAGAAGAGCAUCAGCAUGUUUGGCAACGGCAGCCAGCCCACCAAUAUCGAUCUCAGGACACGCAACGCCGUCGCCUCUCCUCCUACCAACGGAGCACCCAACUUGGCACAGGCCGUCAACGAUGCAGACGCCUACUUCUCCAGCAUUGGCACGCAGCAGAUGGCGGCACAGAUGGCGGCAAUGAGAAUAGAUGGCGGAGACGACGGCUUUGGGGGAGGGACGGGCUAUGUUGUGAAUGCCCUUGCUCCGCAGGCUGUGUUGCAGCCGGCUCAUGGCGAUGGGAACGGUGACUUGCUGGCCUUGUAG